CUGGAAAUGUUGUGUAUUGAACAGGAUUAGGAGAAAAAUGUCAAUAAAUUUACUUCGGACUUCUGCUGAACGGCAGCAAAAAUAAAGUAGAAAUAGUCUCCUUGGAGUGAUGUGUUAAAGUGAUCAGUCAAAUAAUCUGUAUUGUAAUCUAGUUUAAUUGUGUGGUUACUUAUAUAUUGAUAUUUGUGGUCUACGUCCUACUCAAUGCAGUCAAAUUCAUAUUCGGAAGAUUCAUCCUUUACUUAUUGGAAUGAAUUUGACGGUGGACCCGCUAGCUUUGCCCUUCCACCACAGCCUCCACCUCCGAUAGUUGUGUCGCAAUUUGAUAAUGCUAGUUAUAAUUUCUUACCUCCACCCGCGGGAAUGCCUUGUCCAAUAGGUGCAUUAGUUCCGGGCACAUGCCAGAAUCCAAUGAUGGCACCAGUUCAACGUAGCUAUGUUCGAUUUCCACCGAUUUUGACACCGCUCCAAUCAAUACCACAAGUGAUGCAUCCUCCACCAUCUAUGCUACAUCCUACUCAUCAGUUUAACUUUCAACCUCAACCAUCCCAGCAGCAAUAUCCAGGAUGCGUUCCGCCUCUCUUACAUGAUCCUUCUCUUGAACGAACGCAUCUCAACGAUUUGGGUCAAUUAGAACAAGUAGUAGUCAAAAAUGGACAAGUUUUCCAUAUAAGCUUCCUAGAUGAACCAGCUGAAGAGGAAUCGUCGACGCUUCCGACCCCGAUUGAAGAUACAGAAAAUGAGGAAAGUCAGUCUAGGGAUUGGAUCAAUUAUGACGAGUUGCCUCUGUUAACGAAUGUCACCGGGAAAGUAACAGAAGAAGGUACAUACAAAUGUGGGAUGUGUGCAAAGGAGCUGAAGUCGGCUUUAAAUUUGUACGUACACGAGCAAACGCACAAGACUACUCGGUUAGAUUGUAAUGCUUGCGGCAAGCGCUUCAAUCGGAUUGGCAAGCUUGAACAUCAUAUUCGGAAACAUCACCAGAAAACAUCGGAUGAUCUUCCCACUCAAAACAAGCCUUCCAACUCUCCAGUGAUGAACGAUUUCAGUAAUUAUUGUGUUGAAUGCGAAGAAUUCUUCAUCAAUGUUGAAGAUUUACAGAAUCAUAUGGAACAAAACCAUCGCUUGAUUGACGAUUCAAAGUAUCCGAAAACAUUGAAGAAGACGGUUGGAUGUCCAUAUUGCGAGGAAACAUUCGAAUGGCCAUGCAUGCUAAAAACACACAUGACGAAGCACACCGGAGAAAAGCCAUUCAUUUGCGACCGUUGCAGCGUGUCCUUCCGGUUUGUGCAGAGCUUCUACAGGCAUAACCGACGAGUUCAUGGGCAUGAGAAAUAAUCCUGCGGAAACAAAAGCAACCACAAAAAAAAUCAGGAAUUUCAUAGCAUCUAUAUCAAGGAUUGAUAAUUCAUCGUUCUUCAUACGGCAAUUGCUCACUAUUACGUGAUGAAAACCACUAACUCCCUUUCAUGAGAUUAAUGCUGAUGAAUUAUUAAAUUUUCUGUGCAUUAAAGUUUCAGUGCUAGAGCCAUAAACUACUUAUAUCAAAGUAGCAUGAUAUUACCUACACUUAGAAACAGAUACUAUAACAAAACAAGCAGUUGUAUAAGAAUGUAGGAUUUUUAUCAUAUGACAUAUAAUUUAAAUGAAAUUUUUACCUAUACAUUAUCAGUUGCCUAUCCACAAUUGUAGUUUGUAGAGGUUCGUCGUAUUUUUACUUAAAACUCUGUGUUAUAGUUGUACAUCCCUUUUUCAAAGAAAAAAAGGUCUAUGUUAUCUCAUUUUACAAUAAAUUCUAAGUAAGUUUAAUAGAAGCUCAUCUAUUACAAAAAUAUACUAUGGGUUGUUACCAUAUCCUCCGUGAGCUGCACAUUUUACGUUGAUUGAUUUCUGUGAUCUAAAUGCACCAUUGUGCAUUUUUAUUUGCUUCCUGAAAAAUGAACAUACAAAUUGAAAACGAGUUCUUCCCGAAUUGAAAAACUCACUUGCAAUU